AUGAGGGGCUGCAGGUGGCACCGGGCUCCGGGACAGCCCCGGGGCCACACGGGCACCGGAGCGACAAUUCCCGCCGCCACGGGGAAAACGGGCCCGGCGGCGACACGGGGCCGAGCCGCGGGCGGGCACGGCGGGGCAGGAGGGGCGGAGGCCGCGGAGAGCGGCUCCGUGCGGAGCGGAGCCUCCCCGGGCAGCGAUGGAGCUCCGGGCACCGCCGCGCUCCGGGGCCGCUCCCCGGGCUCUCCCCGCCGGCCUCUCGCCCAGGGCCCGCGGCGAGCCGUGCCCCGGAGCCCCCCCGAGCACCCCCGGGGCCCCCAGAGUAUCCCCGGCCCCGCCGGUGCCGCCGAGCAUCCCCGGUGCCGCCGAGCAUCCCCGCCCGCGCCGCCCCGCCCGCACAGGCCGCGGCCCCGCACGGCCCUCCCCGCCUCACCCCGCUCUGCUCGGCGCCAUCCCCCGCUCCUCCCCCUCCUCCCGCCGCCGUCCCGCCCCCGCGGCCCCCCCGGUUCUCCGCAGGGGUCGCGGUCCGACCCCCGCCCGCCCGGCACCGACCUCCGCACCGCGACUGCCGCCGCCGGGCCGCCCCUCGGGACUACAGCUCCCGGCAGCCGCCGCGCGCGCUUCCGGCGCGGCGCGCGCUUCACUUCCGGCCCUUCCCCGGAAGUGAGACGGCCCGCGCGUUCCCUCCGGCCGGCGGCGCCACAGCGCGGAGCCUCGCGUGGGCGUGGGGCGGGGUCUGUCCCCGUGGCAACGGCAGAGCCAAUGGGCGGCGAGGGCUGUCCCCAUGGCAACGGCAGAGCCAAUGGGCGGCGCGGCCUGGGGGGGGGCGCUGUGGCCCCGGCCCCGCCGUGGGACCCACUCGGGCCCCGGCCCCGAUCCCGAUCCCGAUCCUGA